GUGUCAUUUGCUGACGAAGACCAAACGAGGCUGACUAGACCUUACCUGCCCCUCGUGCCCCUCAUUCUAGAGCACGGAUGGCCACGGCUGCCAAUGAGAUCAUCGAAUCCAAGUGCCUCUAUGAUCUUUUUAAAUCAACACCACCCUCGUCCCCUCCGAUAACCCCCCUUUUCUUUCUAAUUUACCUGUAGUUCCAAAUGAGCCCGUAGAAUAGCCCACCCAUUCGACUAAAAUUCCUCCUCUACCCCCCAAAACCAUCCACCAUGACCACCCCCCGCGUCUUCAUCAUCCGCCACGGCGAGACAGAAUGGUCUCUCAACGGGCGACACACCGGCACCACCGAACUGCCUCUCACAGCCAACGGCGAGAAGCGCAUACGCGCGACCGGCAAAGCACUAGUCGGCGACGACCGGCUGAUCGUGCCACGGCAUCUGGCGCACAUCUACGUCUCCCCCCGCCGCCGCGCCCAACACACCCUCGAGCUCCUCGGCCUGGGCUGCCCAGACCCCAUGCCCUGGCAGACCAACCGCGCGUACCCCGACUCGGACGUGCGCACGAGCGCGAAGGUGGAGAUCACGGAGGAUGUCCGGGAGUGGGAUUACGGCGACUAUGAGGGCUUGACCAGCGCCACGAUUCGCAAGCAGCGGAAGGAGAGGGGGCUGGGGGACGAUUGGGAUAUCUGGCGCGAUGGAUGCGAGGGGGGAGAGUCCCCUACAGACAUCACAACCCGCCUCGAUCGUCUGAUCGUUGAGAUUCGGAACCGAUUUCACGAGCCUGCGAUUGGGAAGUCGCGCAAGGAGGCGGGGCCUUGCGACGUCUUGAUCGUGGCGCAUGGGCAUAUCUUGCGGUCGUUUGCGGCGCGCUGGAUAGGAAAGAACAUCUCGGAUAACCCGUCUUUGAUAUUAGAGGCCGGAGGAGUGGGGACUUUGAGUUACGAGCACCACAGCCUCGCUGAGCCUGCUAUUCUGUUGGGUGGUGGUUUCAUGGUUGAUGUUGUAGAGAAUGCUGAAGAGGACGAGAAGAGAAUUAUGAAGAAAGGCCAGAUAUAAUCGUAUUACGGAAGUCAGAAGAAGUAACAAGAGCGAGGAGACGUAGUUCUGAAGAGACUAAUUGGUCUAAUGACUGUAACGUUUUGGAGUAUAUGGUUAAGUUGAUUGAAGCGCGGGAUACAAUACCUCUAGAAGAUAUGACAUUGCUCCAGCAUCUAUUACCUGAAAGUGUACCCACGACGUUGAUAUUUCUCCCAUCUUGCCUUCUAGGGUUGCCUAGCGGUGCAACAGAUCGGCUAAGGCGAUGAGAGCUACGUCUUCCUUACACUUCAGGCAAUUAAUCAGAAAAACGCCCAUUCAAUGGCA